GACACGUGAAAGGAAGCGUUCCUAUUGGCGCUUCCGUGCUAGAAGGCCACCCUCUAACUGCCACCAUCCCCAGUGCACAAUGCAGUCAUCGUGUAAACAGAGCUAACAGUGAAAAAUAUGACCUGCCCAGUCAGCAAAGAUAUGACUGUCAACAUUGAAGAGGAAAGAGUCUUAUGUAAGAAAUUGGAGCAACUUGAGACCAAACAUUAGCAAAAUGGAGACUGAAUAUGACCAAACCUCCCAGACAGUGAAGCAGGAAGCUAAAGAUGCCAUACGUUGUGACUCUCAAGGAGGUAUGACGUCAUCAAGGGACCAGCAGAGGAUGGGACAGGACCGGCGUGCCUGUCCGGACAAGCCUCAACCUGAGCAAAAGGCCGAGGUCAAAGGACAUGCGCUUGAAAGGGGGUUUGCAACAUCAUCUGGACGAAAAGAACUGAGACAGGAAUGUGAUCUCGGGGAAGCUCAGCAGAAAGUUACAAGGUUCAGCGAGUGUAACCUGCAGCAACAGAGUGUAACGCCGGCCGAGGAGGAGAACCUGCGACAAAGGAAGGUCUUUGACCAAGACAGAUUUCAACAAAACCAACGGCAAGUGUCUGCAGCCAGAGAACAUAGCAUUGAAAAAAGAUUUGUGGCAUCCCCUGAACAAAAGAGGUCAGAACAGGGUUAUGAUUUAGGCAGGCCUGAGCAACAAGAUGUGUGCGAAGGGAAUGACAAUUCCGAACAAAGUGUGAAAUUAGCUGAGCAAGGGAGAAUGGGACAGAGUAAGGUUGGUUAUCUCGAAAAUUGGAAAGCGAAGGGCUGUAAAGAUGAAAGCACACAAAAAGGGAUGGUUACACCAUCUGUGGGCCAGAGAAAAUGUCAUCAGAGUACUGAAUAUCUGGACAGACCCAAACCGGAGAAACAGAAAGUGGAGAUCAGAGAGCACAGUUCUCGACGAGGGAUGAAAAUGACACCCGCUGAUCAAUGCAGGUACAGCGGAGGGUGGGCCGAUGACGAUCAAGACAAACGUCAUCUGGAUGAAGGACUUGCAAACGUUGGAAACCAGAUCCAUCGGCAGGGGAUGAUGAUGACAUCUUGUGACCAAAAAGGACUCAGACAGACACCCCCAGGUAUGCUAGCCCCUGAUUUUUACAGAUUUGGGGCUAUGCAACCGGUUGUCGGAGACCUCAUUGUCGGUGGCAGCAACAAUCCUACCUUCCUCGCUCCGCUGUACUCUCCCACGUUGAAUUUCGUCCAGAAUGUAACAAUGGCUGCUCAGCCAAAAGGAACAGCAGGAGAACCAGAGAGAAGUAACCAGUCUUCACCACACAUCGAAUCGGGACCUUCCAGGUCGCCUGGCAACGUCAAAGAUGCGAAUCCAGGCUCAGGAACCACUUGUGAAUCGCGACAGACACAAAUUGAUCUGAUGCAAGAAACCGCUGAUUUCUGCCAGCAUGAAUUGGAAACACUCUAUACCACCACAGGCUGUUACGUGCAAAUGCUCCCAUGGGUCGAUGACGAUACGCGGUAUAUCAUGGAGAUUUAUACUACAUUAUGGUUAGAAAAAUACGGCAAUAAAGCAGGGGACAAGGCGUCGUACAGGGACAUAUUCUUGAUUACAACAAAGGGAGGCAAGCUGAUCAAACGGGCUAUUCUGUGCGGCUCAGCGGGGCUGGGAAAGUCCACCCUCAUUGCCAAAAUCGCUUUCGACUGGGCGACGGGUUGUUGGACAUCGACACUCAGCAGUGUACUUCAGGGAUUUAAGCUCGUUUUUGCCCUGAAAUUGCAUGCUGUGGAGCAGGCCACAGAUCUGAUUGAUGCCAUUUUUGAUCAGCUGCUUGAUGAAGACACGCAUGUUGAUAGAAAGGCCUUGGCAUCGUUCAUUGACACCUACCCUGAAAAGGUCCUAGUCCUUCUCGACGGUUUUGAUGAGCUGAUGACCACCAACCUUGAAAAGAGCAGAUUUGGUUCAGUUCUCAAGUUACUCAGUCGUAAAAGGGGCAGAGAGCUUUUUGUUAUCAUAACCACCCGUCCGUCUCACUUGGGGAAAUUGGCAAGCAGAUCACUCCUGCAAAAGCCUUUCACUCAUGUGAGCGUUUUGGGGUUUGAUGUGUCGGAUAUCAAAACCUACGUGGAUAAAUUUUUCAGCGAAGAUGUCUGUAAGGCCCAAGGCCUUUUUGAGAGAAUAUCGUCCUCUGGCGUCCUAUCUGAUCUGGCUAAAAGUCCCAUGUUGCUACUGUUGAUGUGUUUGUUGUGGAGGGCGGAUGCCUGCUUGCCAGAAACAACUUCGCGUUUGUACAGAGCGUCUCUGGCGUAUAUUUUCAAUAGAAAGUCGGAUGUGUCAGAAGAAGACAUGCAACAAGUUCUGAUUCCUCUUGGAGAGAUUGCCCUGGGUGGUUUGGUCUCGCCAACGCAAAGACUAGCAUUUCAGGAAAGAGAGUUUGAGAAAAGCGUACUUGACAAGGCCUUCAAAGCUGGAAUACUUACCAGUCAACGAGUCCUGAGGGGGCUUCAUUGUCAUAAUAGCGUACAGUUUAUCCACAAGACAUUCCAAGAAUUCACUGCUGCCACAUACUUCCAAAGCCUGUCAGAGGACGAGGCCGGGAAAUUGCAGCGUGUGCUUGAUCAGAUUGAAGCUCCUCAUGAACUGGAGUAUCUGUUACGGUUUUCCUGCGGUGACGACAAGACUUGCACCCACGCUGUUUUGCAGAUGCUGCGUGACAGAAUAGACGCGUUGAAAGAAAGAAAUGAGCAGUCGAGCGGGUUACAAACACUUGGCUUUGCCUGUUACUUUGAGAGCCAAUCCAACAUGCCUCCACCAGAGGACUUCGUUGGUUCGAUUCUACAGGGUAGAGUUUGCGUGGAGAAUUACAACAUCGAACAACUGAAUUGGUUCGUUUACUUUCUGGGUCAUGUUAUGGAUGAAAGAAAGAUCCAUUUUACCAACAUACGAGAACUGUCGAUCUCAUCGUCACAACUCUGUCAGUUCAGUGAGGACUUAGCAUCUCAGUUAUGCAAAAUGGCGAGUCUGUCUGUUCUGGAGUUGCCAAAUUGCUCUUUAACCUGCAGAGAUAUGAUCCAUAUCGCGCCAUCAUUCCGGCAAACAGUCCACUUAACCAAGCUAGAUCUUUCCUCAAACAGCUUGAGCUGCUUUGACGAAGAGGGGAAUGUUUCAGGGGCGCUGUGGUUUCCUGAAUUACAAUAUCUUACGGUUCUUCAAAGUCUCUCGUUGGAUGAAUGCCUGUUGAAAAUCCAAGAUGUCAAAUGCCUGGCCGACUCAAUUGGUAGCAUGGAGAGUCUGGUGCACUGCUCAGUUCGGUCAUCACUGUGGCCAGAUGUUGGGCAUCGAAGUGAGGUUUUCCUAGUUGAGCCACACAAAGCUGGUAUAGCCAUGUCGCUAUGUGAUUUCUCAUUAAGCGGCUUGGAUCUGGCAGAAGUACUGAGGCCACUGAUUAAAAGAAGCGAUUUGGCCGAGUUGCACAUCCGAGACAACACAGGACUCGGCGGCUCUGGUGCGACGUGGUGCCAGGAACUGGCACAUCUUAGAUAUCUUCACAGAAUGACUGUGUAUGACAAUGACCUGAACAUGCAGGAUGUCAGGUGUCUGGCUGGCUCAGUUGGCUGCAUGAAGAAUCUGGUUGCAUUCUCGGUUGACUUAGAUGAGGGAGAAAUUCGUGUGGAGGGUGCCAGCAGCGGCAUAGAACUGGUGUUUAGACGUUGUUCUGUGGCCGGCAGUGAUGUCGCAGAUAUCCUGCAGUCAAUGGCUAACAGGACAGACUUUGUUUCGCUACUUCUCUGUGAAAUUGACGGACUGAGUGGUUCCGUGGAUACCUGGUCACCUCAGUUAAAGCGACAGACGCAACUAAAGCAGCUGGCAUUUUUUCAAUGCGCACUGCGUAGCACAGAUGUGGAACGCCUUGGUGCAUCACUAGCUGAAAUGGAUGCCCUUGAGCAUCUGGAGGUGCAGCAAUUUGAGCCAUUCCUCAGCGGUACUGCACCGUCUUGGGCUCAUCACAUCAGGUCCAUGAAACACCUUCAGAAGUUGAGUUUGGAUUGCUUGCUGCUUAGCGAUGACGUGCCACCCAUUGUGACGUCAGUGGGUCGUGUGGCAAGUCUCGGUGAACUAGACCUGUCCGGGAACAAAGCGUUGGGUUGCGGCCGUGGCGCAUCGUGGGCGAAGUCCUUAAGGGGAAUGCAUCUGGUCCACACGCUGCGCCUCUGUCAGUGCUCGCUGCAGGCUGACGAUGCGCAACACAUCGCCUCGGCGCUGAGCGGAAUGUCGAAUCUCGCCGAAUUGGAUCUGUCUCGAAAUUGCGCACUGGGUUGUGGUUGUGGUGCAUCGUGGGCUCCGUUUCUGAGCAAGAUGAGCCACCUCAAGGCCCUACGCUUAAGCGAUUGCUCGCUGCAAGCGGAAGAUGUGAAGCAGGUCGUUGUGGCUUUGACCGAGAUGCACAACCUCGUCGAGUUGGAUAUUUCAUUCAACAGUGGCUUGGGGAAUGGAAGGAGUUCUUUGUGGGCCCCUAAUAUGUCCGAAAUGAAAUACAUUCACAAACUGGUAUUGAAGGGAUGCAGUUUAACUACUGAAGACAGAAAGCAAAUUUCUGAGUCACGCAAUAACAUGCCUGCCUUAGUGGAAUUGAAUGUGGAGGUAUGCUAAAUGACAAAAGGAGAUCAAUAGUUAAUGCAGUUGUGGUAGCAAGAUGCACUUGAACCUAAAGUAAUUAAUUACAAUGAGCCGGUUCGAUAUUCCAACAGCGCACGCCCAAACUGAAGUGCGUUCGACGCUAUCGGUUUGUGAGUGUGACGUCACUUCAGUUAAAACCACGCCCACUGCACACGGAGAACUGAUGGCUGUUUUUCAAUCCUUGACUUCGUCUCCGCCUUAGGCUUCAUAUGUUCUUUUACUGCCUGCUGUUUGCUUAGUAGCAAGUCCGAUAGUGCCACAGGAACAGCAAAUAACAUGCAACAGAGCAAAAUGUAACUGUACUUCAGUUUACUCCGAACGCUUUAGGCCUGUAAUAGGGGGUUAAUUAAGUAAACGAAGCUUGAGACUGAAACAAAACCGAGUAUUGAAAAACGGCCAUGGAUGGAACUGGAAGUUUAUGCGCAACUUUGUUCAUCCAAUGAGAGCUUGUAAUGGGUUGUGCUUGCGCGUCUGUGACGACGUGUCUUACGAACCAGAUUCUGGUACAUCAGCACGCGCGCGCGAUAGUUUGGUCUAUCAGCGGACCUAUACAUUAACACGAACGUAUGUUUUGCUUCCGAAAGACCUUGUUAUGAAAUACCGAACUGGCUCACUGUCAAUACCCUACCCAUGCCACCAUUUCCUUUCUGUAGCUAAUCUAUCAUAUAGCACUUAUACUGUACCUACUGUAUUCACAGCGGAACGUGAAAUGAAGUACAUGCACGUGUACUGAUUCAUCAGAAAAAGAAUGGUACUGAAAGAAUAGCACAGGUUGUCUGAACAAUUGUAAUUAAAUACAAGUGAAACUUCUGACCGCAACAGUACUGGAUCGAUGACACAUUGUUUCCGUCGUUUCUUCUUAUAGCAGCUCAGUCAGCUGGGAACGUAUUGAGACCAAAGAAAUAUGGCAUAAGGAACAUGGUGUUAAAUGACUGGGGGUGUUUGAAACAAAAUGAAGUAAAAGUGACUUGGUCUUAAACUGACAUUCUUACGUUGAAGACCUGCUCGGAAGAUGAACGCUGUUUUGCCCGUUCUCCUCAGCCGGUCCCAAGGGAAUGUUUACGACCGGCCAAGCACAUUCUUUUAAGAAAAUGACACACACACAAAUAGGCCUCUACAUUUAAUCGCCUGAUCAGCUACUUCAACCAUUGUAUGAAACUUCUACGCUAACUUGCUCACUAAAGGCCGGCUUUUAAUUGGCGCAGCGCAAAGGCUAGCAUGAACGUGAAUUAGUGACGGCUGAUAAAAUAUUGACCCCGCCUCAGCAUUCGCUUAAAGCGUGAGCCGACCCUUAUAGUUAUCGUUUUUCUUCCUCGUGAAGCAGGGUACUAAAAGUAAGAUGUUCCUUCGUAUUAAUUUCAACGACUUUUUGCAAAAUGGUUGGCUUGUUUUGUGUAUUGUAGUUUUAAGUAACUUUUUUCUAAAGACACAAUGCUAUCUUGUGUUGAAGUUUGCAAAUAAGUUAUUUUCGAAUAUUUCUGCGUGCAUGACGCAUUUGCAUUGAAAUGGUUCCUGAUUUAUUCACGUUUUUAACACAAUACGGGCGAUUCACAAUAGUGUCACCAAGAGUUUGCAACACGCUGGCCAAUCAUAACGCGCGAAA